AUGGCAUCCCUCAAUCGCCUCAGCUACCUCUCCGUUAUGAGCCGCGACGACGACGACGAGGCUGACGACCUGGAGGAGGGGGUUUGCGAACGAGACGAGCUUGAUGGACGAACUCCUCUAGACAAAACGAUCGAUCGUAUUGGCAUGGGUACGUGGUUAUCUCUGCGUAAAGCUACCGGUCCCAUUAACACGGAGUCAUGCGCUGUGUGUGAUUGGAUCGGGUUGAUAGGCUGGUACCAAUGGACACUGCUCUCGUUGUGUGGCUUUGGAUGGAUGGCGGAUAAUAUGUGGAUUCAAGCAAUUGCAAUAGUACUUCCGCGUGUGCAACAACACUUUUCAGUCUCGGACGGUUUUAUUGGCGCGUUAUCGUCCUCCAUGUUUGCGGGGAUGAUGUUUGGUGCUGUAGGCUGGGGUACAUGUUCAGAUCUGAUGGGCCGUACAACUGCCUUUAAUGCUACCCUUUUCCUCACCUCAUUAUUUGGCGUACUGGCUUCUUUUGCAAAUACUUUUGGAACGCUUUGCGCAGCACUUUUCUUCUUGGGCAGUGCGGUUGGGGGAUCGAUGCCGACCGAUGGCACUCUUCUGCUAGAGCACAUGCCCAACGGGAAACAGUACCUUGUUACUGCGCUUUCAGUUUUCUUCUCGUUUGGCUCAGUGCUAGCGGCCUAUGUCGCGCUGCUUGUGAUCCCGGGGCAUUCCUGUCCAUCUACACCUCUUCCGUGCGACAUUACAACACAAAAUCAGGGUUGGAAGUAUUUACUGUCAGCGCUUGGACUCAUUACGCUUUCAAUGUUCCUCGCGCGGAUAGUUUUCUUCAAGUUACACGAGUCUCCUCGUUAUCUUGUUCAUGCAGGCCGCCAGCAAGAAGCUCUAGAGUCCCUGCAGCUCAUUGCGAGAUUCAACGGAAAUGACCUUGACCUAGAUAUAGACGAUGUACGGGACGUGCAUGUUCCCGUGCAAGGUGAGGAAGAUAUGUGUGUCCAAAGACCGCCCUAUUCUGCGUCGACAAUCCACGACAGGGAGAUUGCAUCCGCCGAUGCCACUGCAUCGCUUAUUUUCGAUGCCGGUAACCACAACGAGGAUGUCGUAGAGACUCGAUAUUCGCCGGAUGGCCAGGGAUCCCUGUCUUCCCAGCGCAGUCAUGAUAUAUUACGGACCACGGACGAAUCUGACACGAAAAACUACAGUGCAAUAGGGGAAUCUAACGUCCAACUCAACGGACACUCUUUCAAUACGCCGGCUAUACCCCAAGAGCCGCCCCAUGCAUCCGACUAUAUCAGAGGCAAUGCGCAACAUGACAGUGAGACCGAUGAUGUGAAAGAAGCCCUGCUCCCCUCCCCCAAUGACCUGCCGAGGUCCAUCGCUGAUAGGCGGCACGAUGCAUCUUACGCACAUCCUCGCCCGCGCCCCAGAUCUUCCGACCGCAACAGCCGUCGAAUGUCCGUUGCUUCAUCAAUAUACGAGGUCAGACCAAAGCUGUACAAGAAGCUGCCGCGGUGGCUUAGGAAGCCGCUCUGGGCGUGGCUUGACCGCAUAGGCAUGGUGUUGGAGCCAGAGUGGAUGAACACAACGCUGCUUGUGUGGGCGGCUUGGUUCGCAAUGUCAUUGGCAUACACAAUGUUUAAUGUCUACCUGCCCAAGCUCCUAGAGGGCCGUUCCAGAUCUGGUGACGCAGGUCUCCUUGUGCCGAAGAGCCUGACGGAUAGCAUGUGGGACGUCGUGAUUUAUGCCCUGGGUGGAUGCCCUGGAGCAAUACUUGGGGCUUAUCUGAUUGAAUCCCAACUCGGAAGACGAUGGUCACUCGCAGGGAGCACGUUUGUUACGGCCUUCUUCUGCGGAGUGUUCGUAACCGUCGAGCAAUCAUGGGCCGUUCGAGCGAGUUCAGUUGGCAUCAGUUUGAGUGCAACAGCGAUGUGGGCGGUUCUGUACGGAUGGACGCCGGAGAUCUUCGGCACGAAAGUGCGAGGUUCCGCUUGUGGGAUCGCCUCAGCACUAUCGCGGAUAUCCGUACUCCGCCUCCGUGCCAGUAUAAGUCUGCAGCCACAAGGCCUAGCUCUCGCUCGUACACCUGCCCCUUGUCCAUCAACCAUUGCCGCCGCACCGCACCACGACAUGGGUGUCACAGUUGAGGUAAUCAGGCCCGGUGACGGCGCGACCUUCCCCAACAAAGGCGGUUCGUAUCUCCUCCGGACUGCUCCUAUGUACAGACCUCCUCAUGAUGCCGUCACUCUAGACAAAGUCACGAUCCAUUAUGUCGGCACGCUCCUGGACGGUCGGAAAUUUGACUCGAGUCGAGAUCGGGGACAGCCAUUCGAAACCGAGAUUGGAGUUGGAAAGGUGAUCAAGGGCUGGGAUGAAGGCGUGCCGCAAUUAUCGUUGGGCGAGAAGGCUGUCUUGACGGCGACACCGGACUACGCAUAUGGGGCGCGAGGAUUCCCUCCCGUGAUACCGCCGAAUUCGACGCUCAAGUUUGAGGUCGAGCUGCUCAGGAUCAACUGA